AUGAACGUGCGAAGCUCCGGCUGGGCGUCGGACGGCGAGGACUCGGACAACGACGGCGACUGGUGUGCGACGGUCGCGCACGACGACUGGGCGCCGGUGCGACGGCGACUAUCCUUCGCGGAGCAAGAGUCCAUGGGUGACGAGGCUGCGACGACAGGCAGGCCGGGAAUUGAGGAGCGAGGGGCGGAAAUUUCCCCCUGUGGCGCAGUGAGCGACCUUCUCGCUGCGUUCUCUCGCACGUGCUCCAUCGCCGCCUCGUGCCCUGCGCCCGCUGCCACGUGUCCACCCGUAGUUGCGUCGCAAGCGUCGCACGGCAUGGAGGUCGCAUUCGCGGCACGAGCGCUGGUUAGCGCCCCAGAGGAGCGCGGAAGUGGGGGCUACGAAGGCGGGGAGCGGGGGUUGGGGUGUGUAAGGUGGAGGGUACGGACGUGCGGGGCAGGGGGCAUGGGGGAAGGUGGGGCGGGGAUGAAAGGGGGAAAGGGCAGGGCAGAGAAGAGAGGGAGGGAGAGUGAUAGCGAUGGGGAUGGGGAAAGUGGGGAAGAGAGUGAGGAGGAGAGCGGUAGUGGCGGCGACGGUACGUCUGGGAGUGGUGACGAUGGGGAUGACGAUGAGGAGGGAGAGGAGGAAGAGGAGGGAGAGGAGGAGGAAGAGGAGGAGGACGACGAGGAAGAGGAGGAGGGUGAAGAAGGGGAGGAGGGUGAGGAGGAGGAGGGAGAGGAGGAGGAAGAGGAGGAGGAGGACGAGGAAGAGGAGGAGGGUGAAGAAGGGGAGGAGGGUGAGGAGGAGAAGGGAGAGGAGGGCGAAGAGGACGAGGAAGAGGAGCGUAAAGAGGUAGAGAUGAAGCAGGUGCUUUCGGAGCAGCAACAGCGCGAGAAGCAGCAGGCCCAACAGCAGCAACAGCAGCAAGAGCGAGAUCAUCAUCAUCAUCAUCAGCAACAGCAGCAGCAGGGCGCGCAGCAGCGGCAGGGCGAGCAGUACGAGGAGAAGCGGGUGUACGUGGGCGGGCUGCCGUACUACGCGACAGAUGACGCCAUCCACGAGUGCUUCGAGGGGUGCGGCCGCAUCGCGCUCAUCCACCGCCUGCACUUCCCCGACUCGGGCCGCUUCCGAGGCAUCGCGCUCGUCACCUUCAAGGUACGCUCGCUCACGCUACCUUCUCCCGUCCGCGCCUCCGCUCCCCCCUGCGCCCUCUCCCCUUGCCCCCCUCUCCCCUUGCCCCCUCUACCCUUGCCCCAUCUCCCCCCUUGCCCCCUCUCCGCUUGCCCCUUCUCUGCCCCUGUCCCACCUAUGGCCUUGCCCACUCCGGCCCACCUCGGUUUGAACCUCAAGCUCUCUCCCCACGCACUCCUCUCGCUGGCGGCUGUGCUGCUGCUCUCAACUCACCCUCUUCCCCUCUUCCGCCCAUGCAGUCUCCGCGCGUACGUGGGCAACCUCGCGUGGAGCAUGGACGAGGCGGCUGUAGCGGCCUUCUUCCCCGGCUGUAGCAUCGUGGCGGUGCGCCUGGCGAGGAAUCCCGAGACCGGGCGGCACAAGGGGUACGGGCACGUGGAUUUUGAGGAUGAGGAGAGCUUGGAGCGGGCGAUUGGGAGGAAUCAGCAGGUGGCUUGUGGAAGGCCGGUUAAGGUGGCUUAUGCUGUGGCUAGCCGAGGGGGUGUGGGGGGCGGAGGGGUAGGGAGGAUGGGAGGAGUAGAAGGGGGAGCAGCCGGAGCAAGGGGAGCAGCUGGUGGGGGCAGUCUGCAUGGGGGUGCGGGGGCUGGGGGUUUUGCAGGGGAGAUGGGGGGAGGUGGGGAUGCGAUGGAGCAGGAGCAUGAGGGGGCGGGGUUAAGGAAGGGUAAGGGAAGGAAGAAGAGCGCAGAGGGGUGCUUUGUGUGUGGUGAUGAGAGCCACAAGUCAUUUGACUGCCCUGAGAAACACCGCAAGAUGAAGCGCCAUAAGAGCCAGUGA